CAAGCUCCUGUUGAGCUCCCUGCUCCGCCAAUUGCCCGACUCACGACUCCUCCGCCUCGGGACUCUUAAUUUAUUUUCCAGUCCCUCAAAAUGUCGGCUUCCCUGCUCCGCUUCGCCGCUCGCGGCCCCUCCAGUUUCCUGCGUGCCAACCUUGUCGCUGCCCGGCCGCAACCUAUGGCCGCGCGCGCCGGCCUUGUCAGCCUGCCGACCAACAGCUUCAGCACAUCGAGCCGCAUGCGCUCCGAGCACCAGGAGGAGACUUUCGAGGAGUUCACCGCUCGGUACGAGAAGGAGUUCGACAACGUUCAGGACGUCUUCGAGCUCCAGCGCAACCUGAACAACGCCUUCGCCUACGAUCUCGUCCCAUCCCCUUCCGUCGUCUCUGCUGCUCUUAGGGCCGCGCGGAGAGUCAACGACUUCCCGACCGCCGUCCGGAUCUUCGAGGGUAUCAAGGCUAAGGUCGAGAACAAGGGUCAGUACGAGCAGUAUCUCCAGGAGCUCAAGCCCCUGCGCGAGGAGCUGGGCAUCGUGCUCAAGGAGGAUCUGUACCCGGAGGAGGCCAACUAAGUCUAUCAAACUCCUGCGUACCGGGAAAAGUCCGUCCCACCGCGCCGUGGUUACCGUAGUCGACUACAUCCUGUCAGGGCGUAGGGGCACCGCCAAAUCGACCUGUAUUUUUUCUACUACUGCUAGACCUCCACCUGUUGCACAUCUACCUGGGAUGACACCGGC